GCGGGGCUUACCCACACACACGAAGCAGCUGCUGCAGACUGUUGUUGUUCAGCUCGGCAUCAGCAGCUAACGGCUAACAGCUAACAACUAAAUCUACCUGUGGACAUGUUGUCAGAAGCUCGCGCUGCUCACCACACACCUGGAUAGCUCAGUUAGCUCGGGUCAGCUCGGUGUAACCCGGGAGGACGUUAGCUCCGUUAGCAUGUUCCAGCUACUCGGCCAGUGUUGUUACUGUUAGCUCCGUUAGCUGUUAGCUUCUGAUGAUCUGUCUCAGAGAAGCAGCCAGUUAGCCUGGCAGCUAAAGUUAGCUUCUUAUUGAACACAGAUCCAAUAGUUUCCGUCAUGAUUCGCUGUGUUCACACUGAGCUGAGAUGUUGCUGUAAUGUCUUUUAUGCUAACAGCUGGUCGGAGCUAGCGUUAGCUGUUAGCCGGAGCUAGCCGCAGGCAGAUGUCUUUGUUCCACCAGACGUUAGCUUAGCUUAGCAUAGUUAGCAUAGAUAGAUUAUAGCAGAGAGGACAGUUAUUGUGUGUGUAGCAGAUGCUAAGCUAACAGAGCUCAGCUGGGUUUUAAUAGAUUAGUGGUGACAUGCAGCUGUUAGCUCCUCCAGCUGCUGCUGUGUAGUGACCUUCAUCACCUUCAUCAUCAUCAUCAGUGUUAUUAUGGCCCUCAGAGCCGCCUGCAGGCAGAGCCGCUCAGCCUGCAUCUGCCUGCUGCUGCUGUCAGGAUGCAUUGCUGCCUCUGAAAGGAACGACAACGUCUAUGUGUCCGGGAUUUCUAACGCCUGUGGGGAGGGGGUGGAGCUGCUGCGGGCCUCCAGUGGUGUCAUCACCAGCCCUGGUUGGCCAUUUCAGUAUCCGGCCCGACUGAACUGCAGCUGGAACAUCAGAGCCCGACCUGGAGACACCGUCACCAUCAGCUUCCAGGAUUUCGACCUGCAGGGGUCCCACCGCUGCUCCUCAGACUGGAUGUCUGUCAGCAGCUACAGGAACCUGGACGGACUGCGGGUCUGCGGUUCCUCCCUUCCGCCUCCCUACAUCUCCUCCCAGGACCAUGUCUGGAUCCACUUCCACUCUGAUGACAGUCUGACGGGGAAGGGGUUCAGACUCUCCUACAUCUCUGGUAAGCCAGAGGCUUCCAGCUGUGACGUGGACCAGUUCCACUGCUCUAAUGGGAAGUGCAUCCCAGACUGGUGGCGCUGUAACUCCAUGGAUGAGUGUGGUGACAACUCGGACGAAGAGCUGUGUGUGGACUCUCCCUUCUCCUUCCAGCCCUGCAGCCUGAACCAGUUCCCUUGCCUGUCCCGCUACACCCGCAUCUACACCUGCCUGCCGCACAGCCUGCGAUGCGACGGCAGCAUCGACUGCCAGGAUCUUGGUGAUGAGAUCGACUGUGACGUUCCCACUUGUGGAGAAUGGUUGAGGAACUUCUACGGCUCCUUCAGCUCACCAAACUACCCUGACUUCUAUCCUCCAGGAAGUAACUGCACCUGGCUGAUUGACACCGGAGACCACAGGAAGGUCAUCCUGCGGUUCACUGACUUUAAACUCGAUGGAACGGGUUAUGGUGACUAUGUGAAGGUGUACGACGGACUGGAGGAGAACCCUCGCCGUCUCCUCAGGGUUCUCACUGCUUUCGACUCCAGAGCGCCGGUCGCCGUGGUUUCAUCGUCUGGCCAGCUCCGAGUUCACUUCUACGCCGACAAGAUCAAUGCUGCUAGAGGGUUCAACGUCACUUACCAGGUGGACGGGUUCUGCCUGCCCUGGGAGGUUCCCUGUGGUGGGAACUGGGGCUGCUACACCGAGCAGCAGCGCUGCGACGGGUACUGGCACUGUCCCAAUGGCCGGGACGAGCUGAACUGCUCGGCCUGUCAGGAGGAUGAGUUCCCCUGUUCCAGGAACGGAGCCUGUUACCCCCGAUCAGAUCGCUGCAACUACCAGAACCGCUGCCCCAACGGGUCCGAUGAGAAGAACUGCUUCUUCUGCCAGCCGGGCAACUUCCACUGCAAGAAUAACCGCUGUGUGUUUGAGUCGUGGGUGUGCGAUGCGCAGGACGACUGUGGUGACGGCAGUGAUGAGGAAAGUUGUCCCGUCAUCGUUCCCACCAGAGUCAUCACCGCCGCCGUCAUUGGCAGCCUGAUCUGUGGCCUCUUGCUGGUCAUUGCCCUCGGCUGCACCUGCAAGCUCUACUCGCUGCGCAUGUUCGAACGCAGGUCAUUUGAGACCCAGUUGUCCAGAGUGGAGGCGGAGCUGCUGAGAAGAGAAGCCCCGCCCUCGUAUGGUCAGCUGAUCGCCCAGGGAUUGAUUCCACCUGUGGAGGACUUCCCAGUGUGCUCUGGGAGCCAGGCGUCCGUCCUGGAGAACCUCCGUCUGGCUGUUCGCUCUCAGCUCGGCUUUACCUCUCUGCGCCUCCCGUCUACUGGUCGUCAUAGCAACCUGUGGCGCCGUCUCUUCACCUUCUCAAGGUCGCGGCGGUCCGGCUCUCUGGCUCUGGUCUCCGCUGACCUGGAGGACAGCGCUGGAACUGGGAGCACUGGGAGUUCUGGUUCAGACCUGCUGUCUCCGGACUCAGAUGACACGGACACGGAGGGCGAGCGGGGGAGGGAGCGCGGCGUGGGCGCAGUGGGUGGGCCUGUGGCCCCCCUCCCACAGAAAACCCCGCCCUCCAGCGCUGUGGAGGCCGUUGUAUCCGUGACGACAUCCGCCACCUCCGUGACCCCGGCGCCCGGCCGCGACAGAGUCCGAGACCGUCCCAGAGAGGCCCCACCCCCAUCUAGCCCUGUUGCCGUGGUAACUUCCAGUCCAGACCCUGAGUGUCAUGGCAAUGCCUCGGGUCUCCAGGCUCCACCCACCUCUGCCCUGCAACGCCUAGCCCAGAACCUGCACCGCCUUGCCAGGACCCUGACCAGAACCAGCCAGAACCAGCAGAACCAGACCUGGACCAACCACAGUCCACUCCGCCAGCUGGAGACAGGAAGAGGCAGGGUCGAGGCCGCAGAGCGACGAGGGAGCAGAGAGGAAGAGGAAGACGUGGAGCUCCUGAUUCCUGUCUCCGACUCCGACUCCUCCUCCUCCUCCUCAUUGGUUGGUGACGUCCGACAGUCCCUGCUGGAGCCACACCCCUCCUCCACAGGCCACGCCCAUCGCCAGCACCACGGAAACAGCACUCGAGGAGGCAGCAGCGGUCCCUGUGAACACUGCGGGAUGGUGCACACAGCUCGGAUCCCCGACGCCUGUCUGGAGGCAGCGAGGAGGACGGAGAGCAGUGAUGACGAGCUGCUGCUGCUGAGCUAACAUGCUAACUGACAGGCUAAUCUGGUGGGCUUGACAUGCUCACUGACAGGCUAACCUGCUGGGCUAACAUGCUAACUGACAGGCUAACCUGGUGAGCCAACAUACUAACUGACAGGCUAACCUGCUGAGCUGACAUGCUCACUGACAGGCUAACCUGCUGAGCUAACAUGCUAACUGACAGGCUAACCUGCUGAGUUAACAUGCUAACUGACAGGCUAACCUGCUGAGCUGACAUGCUCUCUGACAGGCUACCCUGCUGAGCUAACAUGCUAACUGAGGCUAACCUGCUGAGCUAACAUGCUGACUGACAGGCUAACCUGCUGAGCUGAUAGGCUAACCUGCUGGCUAACAUGCUAACUGACAGGCUAACUUGCUAAGCUAAUAUGCUAACUGACUAAUACUGCUAAAGUUAACCUGACUCUACACUUUCAGUUAGCUAACAUGCUAACUGAUAGGUUAAUAUUGCUAAUACCAUCCUCACUCUGUAGCUCCAAUCCGAUGUGUUAACAUCUUCGCUAGCUGUCUGGACUACAGCUAGCCAACAUGCUAACACUUGUUAGCAUGUUAGCUCUCAGCAGGUUCUGGCCUCCAGUGAUGUCAGAGAUGAACAGACCAAUCAGAGGCUACUGAGGGGAGUGAUGUCACUGAUUGGAAUCUGAUGUUGGUGCGACAAUAUAAACUGUCCCCUGUUGUUCCCAGUCCGUCUGUUAAUAUGCUCCCCUCCUCAAUGGUACGACUCUAAACUCGUCCUGGUGGUGCAACAGAUUAAGUGUUCCCCUCUCGUUUGCACUUGGAGAGACAUCACAUGACUGAUGGAGGGUCACAUGACUGAUGGAGGGUCACAUGACUGAUGGAGGGUCACAUGUUUAUCAGCUCAGUGAAACUAAACCUGCUGAACAGAUUCUGACUUUAAGCUUCAGACAGAAUCAGUUUGAUCAUUUAAACAUAGAUGUGACAGUUUGUUGUUGCAUCUGAGUUUUUUUAUUUUUAUUUUUUACUUUAUUAACAACAGCGAUAUUGCAGUAUAGACAACAGUACAGGGAGCAAAAAAUAAACUAGUCACAAAAACACAAGCAGAAAUAAAACUUUACAACGUAAAAAGAUCCAUAAUACAGAAAUUAAGAGAGAAAAAUAAAAAUAUAACUUUAAAAAGUGAAAAAGAAAUAUUGCAAACAAGCUUAAAUCAUCUGGCGUCGUCCAUGAAAUGUCUUUUAUUUUUAUUUUUUGCCCCGAUGAGAAACGUCUUUAAAGCUUUUUGUUGGUUGAGACUCUACAGAAUCACAGAACGUCUGAACUUCAACAGAAAAAACUAGUUUGUUUGUUUUAUCGUUUUGAGCUUCACUGUUUUUAGACUCGACAUUCAGAUAUAAUACAGUCGCAGAUUAAUUCUCAGAUUAACGAGGAAAUCUGAGCCGAAAGUUACAAAGACAGAAAAUAAACAGAAGGAAAGUAAAGUGGAGACUGUGAAUGAGACCAGCAGGUGUGUUUCAGGCUGAACGUUAUUCUUCAUCACUCUGGUUCUAUGAGCUGCAGCCUCCUGGUUCGGGUUAGUUUGCAGCCUCCUGACUCGCCGGCGUCUUCAUAAUUUGUUACUUUUUAAAGUGAAAAUGAGCAAAAACACUUUAAACUUCAUUAAAAGUUUGUGCUCAGCUGAGCGUCCUCCACAGGUCAUGUGACCCUCAGCGUGGCGAAGACGGUCAGCCCUGCGUGUCGUCUUUUAGGUGGAACGGUUCUGGUUCCUCCUGGUUCUAAAAGGGAAAACAGACAGUUCUGAUGGUUCUGUAACAGCAGCCUGUAGAGGUCAAAGGUCACGAGUCGUGUUUACACUUCAACAGAAAGGAGACUGAAAUGUCUUUGUGGACGUUCAGACUGCUGAUUAUUGUUUAACUCCUCAAACGUGAAAUAAGACAAGCUUCUCCAGAUUUCCUCUUCCUCCUCUUCCUCUUCUCCUCCACCUCCUCUUCCUCCUCUUCAUCCUUCAGACUGAAGCCAUUCAGACUGACGUCUGUAUUUAUGCUGUUUGUUACAGUUUUUGGUACUCAGAUCUCAGCUGACCUCGUGUGACUGUAUAUUUAUUAUUAAUAAUAUGACUGUGGUUAUUAUUGUGUUAUUGUUGUGUUAUUAUUGUGUUAUUGUUGUGUUAUUGUUGUGUUAUUUUGCAGUUGUGUAGAUGUUUUCUGACCUGCAUGAUUCCAGUUGUUUGAUGUUAGUUUUUCUUUGAGUCUGUAAAGUUACAAACUGUUAAACUGCACUAAAGAUUAAAGGUUCACAUUUCA